CAAAAAGAUCAUGAGAUCACAGUGGUAAUGGAGCACGUCCGUUUUAUGGCUGCAAGCACAAACGUGCACUCAGUAUUUUCAUAUUUUCAACUUUUAUACAGAUCAUAUUUUCCUGGUUUUUAAUGUUAACAAUAUCAUCAACAACGUCAGUGGAGUCAUCGACAUUCUUACAGGCAAAACCAGGUUGCCAAUCGCAAUGUGGGAAUAUAAGCAUUCCAUACCCAUUUGGUAUAGGUGAUGGCUGCUUUAUUGAUCAAACUGUUGGCGGCAAGUCUGCUUCUGGGUACAACUUGCGCUGCAAUACUUCAUAUGAUCCUCCCAAACUCUUCCCUGGAAAGGAAGGUACAAUAGAAAUUUUCAGUAUAACAGAGACUGAAAUACGUGUCCAAACCAGCAAAGCCUACUUAUGUUACAAUGAUUCCGGACACCAGUUUGACUACGGGAGAUACGAGUUAGACAUGACUAGCUCGGUGUUUACAGCAUCAUACAAGAAAAACAUGUUUUUUGGGAUUGGUUGUGAAAUCAUCGCUACAAUAAUAGGUCAGUCGGGAGAUAACGAAACUGCUUUAAGUACUGAUUCAUGUAUAUCGAAAUGUAAGAGUAACAAAAAUAUGGAUGUUGGGGCUUGCACUGGCACCAGUGGUUGCUGCCAGGUAACUGUCCCGAAGGGUAUGAAAAAAUUCACUUCAAGACUGGAUGGUGUCUUACAAGGAAACCCUCCAAAAUCGUCUUACAAUUCGUGCAACUUCGCUUUCUUGGCUGAGGCAGGGCAAUUCACGCUUGAAGCAUCGGAUCUUCGUCUGAAUGGAUCUGUACGUAAAGACACUAAGGUCAUACCAGUGGUGCUCGAUUGGGCUAUAGGAGAUAAGAGUUGUGAACAAGCUCAAGUAAGCCCCAAUACUUAUGCGUGCCAGAAUAAUAGUCAUUGUACUGAGACGGUGAACAAUCCAGGAUAUCGGUGUACUUGCACAAAAGGUUACGCAGGAAACCCCUAUCUUGAACCUGGGUGUAUAGAUAUAAACGAAUGUGAAGAUCAAUCCAACAACCCCUGCAUAGGAGCCUGUACUAAUACGGAUGGAGAUUAUGUUUGCUCUUGCCCACCAGGCAGUUAUGGGGAUGGGAGGAAAGAUGGGACUGGUUGUGCUACCAAAUUUCCAGUAAUAAAGGCAGCUCUCGGUUUGGGAUUUGGGUUAUUCUUUUUGGUCAUCUGCACUUCUUUUUCAUACGUAAUGCUUAAAAAGCAAAAAAUACGCAAAGUCAAAGAGCGAUUCUUUCAGCGAAACGGUGGGUUAAUGUUAAGAAACCAAAUAUCCUCCCAAACUGGUGGGAUAGAAACAAGGAUUUUUACAGCAGAAGAGUUAGAAUUGGCAACCAACAAUUAUGACGAAGAUCAAGUCCUUGGACGAGGAGGGUUUGGUACAGUUUACAAGGGAGCAUUAUUUGAUAAGCGUGUAGUUGCAGUUAAGAAGUCGAAAUUAGUCGACCAGAGCCAAAUUGAGCAGUUCAUAAAUGAGGUUAUUAUCCUAACUCAAAUUAACCAUAGAAACGUAGUAAAACUUUUAGGUUGUUGUUUAGAAACUGCAGUCCCUUUGCUUGUAUAUGAAUACGUUUCUAAUGGCACCCUUGCUGAACAUAUUCAUGACAAGAACGGUUUUUCCACUAUAUCUUGGGGAAGUCGUUUGACAAUUGCUACCGAAAUUGCAAAUGCACUUUCAUAUUUACACUCCGCUGCCUCUACACCUAUUAUUCAUAGAGAUAUAAAGUCUGCUAACAUAUUGUUAGACGAAAAAUACACAGCGAAAGUAUCAGAUUUCGGAGCAUCACGGUUGGUUCCUCUGGAUCAAACAUGGGUAGACACAUUGGUUCAAGGUACAUUAGGAUAUCUGGAUCCAGAAUACUUUAAUACAAGCCAGUUGACCGAGAAAAGUGAUGUUUAUAGUUUCGGUGUAGUUGUUGUAGAACUCUUAACCGGAGAAAAAUCCAUUUGUUUCAAUAGAUCCGAAGAACAAAGAAAUUUAGCUACAUUUUUCCUUUCCUCGAUGAAAGCAAACAAUUUGUCCCAACUUCUUGAGGAUCGAGUUUUAAAUGAGGGAAACCCGGAGCAAGUAAAUGCAGUUGCAGAGCUUGCAAAGAGAUGCCUUAGCUUAAAAGGGGAUGAUCGCCCUACAAUGAAACAAGUUGCAACAAGUCUGGAAGCACUUACAUCCUUGAAGAUAAAUACACCAAGCGAUGAUAAUUCAAAGAACGUGCAAUCUGAUCCGCCUCAGAGUGACCUCUCCGAUGUGCCUUUGAUUUCUUACGAUAGUAUUUCAACUUCGCACUCGGCACAAAAUAGCUUGGUGGCAGGAGAUAUUGUGCCAAGAUGA